AUCUUUCAUUCGCUUUGUCUGCUCCCCAGCAUGGAAAUUAUGACAACUUUUCUUACUGAUAAUAGGUCUGAAAAUGCAUAGUGAUAUGUUACAGCAAAGAUCCUAAAACCAACCAAAGGAUUCUGGCAAUAGAUUUUCGGCCACAAUUUUAAUCUGCCAGCAAAACAGAAAAUCGGAUUUUCUUUCCGGUCAUGGUAUUGAUAUUUUUACUUCUCGCUGGGUCUUUUGCUUCAAAUGUUGCAGAGGCAUUCAAAAAAGGGACAUGUCAUACUACUGGAUACGGAUGCAUGCCAUUUAAUCAAUGCAUGGCAAAGUAUUGGGCGGCUCGCAGUGCCUGUGGAUUAGGUUCCGUUUGCUGCAACCUGGGAAAGAAGAAUGCGUGCUUGUUGGCUGGAGGAAUGUGCAAGCGACAUUGCAGAACUCCUAUGAAGCACAUCAAAUGCUCUAAGCUGAGGAUAUGCUGCUCCAUGGAACCGAUAUCUUACAGACCCCACGGGUACCAUUGAAUAAGGGUGUCACUGAAGAUCUAAGAAUAACAAGAAGACGACUCACGAGAGAUACAACGCAAUUAAAAAACGUUCAUACCAAGAACUGUGAAAAAUAAAUAUGGUAAUGAAAUUCUA